CCAAACUGAACGGACUUGAUCGUGUUCCUCGGCUGUACUGAAGACGCGGCACGUGAAAAUAGGCGGAGCGUAACUCAUACGACAAGUAGUGCUUCUGUGGUCAUGACUCGCUGCUGUCUUCUCGCCGCAGUUGUGUUCCUCGCUGCUCGCGUUCUGAGUCAGCGAGGCGGAGGUGGUCUGACGUGUCCGGAGAAGAACGGCCGGUUUCCAAGCCCUACGCGAUGUGACACAUAUGUACAGUGUGAGGAUGGAGUGCCCCAGGAGAUUGUCUGCCCCGACGGUCUUCUGUUCAAUGCCAAGGCACGAUAUUUCGCAUAUCCCUGCCAGUAUCCUGUUGACGUGGACUGCGAGGGACGCGCUGGGCUGCAGACUCGCCAAUCCACAGGCGACUGUCCCUACCAAUAUGGCUACUUCCGGCUUGGUGACAGCAGAAAUUGUGGACAGUUCAUGAAUUGUGUGGACGGCCGAGGAUAUGUGUUCGACUGCCCUGAAGGACUUGCCUUCAACCAAGACACCUACCGCUGUGACUGGCCAGACGAGGUUGAAUCCUGUGACGCAGAAGCGUUCCUCGGUUUUAAAUGCCCGGAUGCCCCCGGUGUGUUUGGAGAUGAUUUCCGUUUCUACAGGAAUCCUGCUGAAUGCCAGAAAUACUUCAUCUGCGUAAAUGGUCGACCCAGACUGUACAGCUGUGGAGAAGGUUAUGCCUUCAACGACGACAUCGGAGGCUGCGAUGGCAUUGAGAACGUCACCAGCUGCACGUUGCCAGUAGGUGGCUCACCAGCACCCAUUCCAAUUAGACGAGGCUGACAACCCUUGCCUUGUGACUAUGAGUAUGCGUGGCAAAAUUGGUUAUAAAUAAAGGAGAGUCCACACUUAUCCCGGAUUCUGUAUUCACUAUACAAAAACAUUUCUAUCUGCUGAUAGAGGAGUGAACAAUUAUUGUUUACUUUGGUGCCAGGUGGAUCCAUUUCGAAGUGACUGCUGGCUGAAGAAGCACAAGAAAAUAUCUUGUACUUUGAAGAUGGAGGCAACAGGUACCUGUGAAACAUUGGUAACCCUCUACCAAACUACAUAAUAUCACAUUUGACAAACUGUAAUCUUCACACUCAACACAGAAAGGAGCUGAAAUCUCUCAAAGAUCGGUAGUUCAAAAAUAGAUAUCAGUUUAUUUGUACUGACUCAAAUACACUUUACAUAUACUUACACACUGAAGAUAAGAAUUGCAUUAUUGAUGAGUUUGUGCAGGAUAUCCUAAUCUCUUGAAUGGUGUUUUUAAGGUCUUGAAGAUACAAAUUAAUCCAAAUAUAGAAUGGGCCUCACUGAAAUUUCUCAUACCCAGUUACAGAUACAGUAACGUGAAAAUUGUAAAUAAUUCUCUUAGAAACCGGAAACACUCAGAAGUCAAAUGUUGGGUUUCCUUUCUGGAAUAGAGGUACUUCCUCUAUAUUGUGAAUGAGACAGAAUUCAAUAAGGCCGUGUGGCAGAGAGUCAGUAAACCUGAAACCUCUCAUAUUAACAGGUACGUUAAACUUGCCAGUAAAUUUGUAAAAGGCGUUACAGCGUUGUGAGUUAUGUAUUGAACAUUUUUAAUUCAGUAAUUGAAUGGAGAAAUUUCUGUCGUAUUUUGGUGUAUAUUUUACUAUCCGGUUAACUGACUUUUUGACCACUCUGUAUAUUUUCACAGUCAUGAACAGAACUGAAUUUUCUGUUGAUAUAUUUUGGUAUAGUUCGUUUGCGGUCUAAAAUCAGGGAGCUUGUUAGUUUUUGUUUUGAAUAUUUCAUUGCACAAAACGAUUUUUGUAACUCCGAAUGCAUUUUAAGACUAAUUAAUGAAGUACUUAAUCAGCUCUUUUUAGCAGGAUAACACAUUGCUGUAUUAUUUCUAUUAAAUGUCAUUUAUACAGUUUUCCUA